AUGUUUAUCCGGGCCGUAGCCCUAGCUAUUCUCGUAGCAGAUGACAAUGCUGCUGGUAGGAUUGGUCGAGUGUUGAAUAAAAAGGGAACGACACCAGACACUAUUGAGUGGCACAGGUUUGUUAAUAUCAAACCCCGGAACACAGGUAUAGUUUCUAAUCGAGUGAAGAGCAAAGAAGUUGAGCUCAUGGUGCCAGAGCACCCCGACUUCAGUAUGAGACGCUCAAUAGAUAUCCCUGCCACAGGGGCCAUCACUCCACCGGAGGAGUCAAUGGAGUCGAGAGGCUCAUUGGAGGAAACAUUGAGCUCUUUCAACAAAGAACCUCCUAGUCCAUCAACUGAGAGCGAGGAUUCAAUGGAUGAACUUUGGCAACAAGUGGCGGAUCAAUGCAAUUGCUCUCUGGACGAGAUUGAAGACGUAUAUGCCUGUACCGCCCUCCAAGAAGCGAUGAUAGCCCUCACUUUCAAAGACCCAAGAGCAUACACCAUCGAACACGAGUACCGUCUUCCACGAGAGAUUGACCACGAUAAGCUAAAGGAAGCCUGGAUGAGCACAGCCCAAGCCAACCCGAUAUUGAGGACUCGCAUGAUUCCAACAAGCCAGCGCGGCUGUGUACAGGCAGUGGUACGAGGAUCAAUUCCAUGGCAGGUUCAGGAGACCGACGAUGGCAUACAUGGUGAGAUAACCAAUCCUUCCUGGCGAGCUGGCGCUCCACUGGUGUAUUUCUUCUUCAAUGUCACCGAGCAUAAGCUCAAAGUGACAAUCCAUCAUUCCAUCUGUGACCAUUGGUCUAUCGCAUUGUUGUUGCGCCAGGCCGCUGCCGCCUACAGAGGCGAGGAACUGCCUUCAAACCCAUUUCGGCCUCUCGUGGAUCAUGUACAGCGGACUCAAGACAAAUCUAAUGCUUUCUGGAAAUCUAAAUUCGGAGACGCACACGAGGCCACGAUGAUGGUAUUUCCUCAACUACCCACAGUGGGUCAUUCUGCCAGACCAACCGAGCGAAUAGAGAGAUCCUUUAGAAUCCAAGACGCCAAAACUUCUUCGAGCACUGUCGGAACCAAGAUUCGCUUAGCAUGGGCACUCCUGCAAUCGGUCUACACUAGCUCUGAUGACACAUUAUUUGGAGCAGUCAACGCGGGUCGAGCAGUAUCAGUUGCGGGAGUGCAGGAACUGAGCGGACCUGCCCUAGCCAGUGUACCAGUGCGUAUCAAGCUGUGUCGGCAGAAUACUGUUGCAGAAGCAUUGGUUGCAGUACAGGACGAAUGGGCAGAAUCCAUGGAAUUCGAACAUGUUGGAUUGCAAAAUCUGCUUCGUCUUGGACCCGGUCCAGCAGCAGCGUGUCAUUUCCAGACCCUUAUUUCCGUCGAGCCUCGAGAUGGCCAUCAACUUCCCGACAUAUUCUCCCAGAGUCGAUCGACCCAAAUGACGUAUGACAUGUAUCCUUUGAUCCUACGAUGCCGCCCUUCGACCACCACGAUGACCAUUGAGGCUUCUUUUGACCCAGCAGCAACCGAACCCAGUCAAAUGGAACGAAUACUCUCCCAAUUCAUUCAUAUCUAUGAGCAGAUCGACACAGAGCCGAGCCUCACCCUGCUUGAUAUUAGUGUCGUGAGCCCAGAAGAUCUGAGUGUUUUCCGUCGCCAGAAUAUCUCAACGAAGCCUUCUGCAGAUAUGCCGUGUGUUCAUACUCUAAUUGAAAGACGCACGCAACAACAACCUCAUGCCUUGGCUAUCAACGGCUGGGAUGGCAACUAUUCAUAUCUAGCCCUUGAUAACCUGUCUUCGGCAUUGGCUGACCAUCUUUCCUCGCAUCAUAUUGGCCGCGGGUCAUUUGUACCUCUUCUCUUGGGAAAGACCAAGUGGAUGGCGGUCGCCAUGCUUGCUGUGAUGAAAGCCGGCGCUGCCUUUGUGCUGUUAGAUCCAUCACACCCACAGUCCCGACUAGGGACUAUGUGUGAAACCGUUGGAGCUCCCCUGGUAUUGACGUGUGGUUUACAUAUUGAACUGGCGGCCCAGAUUGGGGUUCCAGUGUUACUCAACGUGGAUACCUUCGACUCAGAACAGCUCCACUUCAAUAUCUCAACGAAGAGGUCCUCGGUCAGCCCACAGGAUCCCGUCUAUUUGACAUUUACCUCUGGAUCCACGGGUACUCCAAAAGGUGUAAUUGUUCAUCACGAAGGAUUUGCGUCAAGUUCUGUGGCGCACGGCAAGCCAUACCACUUCACACCUGAUUCGCGUGUGUUACAAUUUGCAUCUCCAGCCUUUGAUUCUUGCAUUAUCGAACAUAUCAGUACUCUGAUUCAGGGUGGCUGUGUUUGCAUCCCGUCAAUAGACGACUGUCAUAGUCGCCUUGUUGAAUCUAUGAACCGAUUUUCAGUGACUGUUGCCUGUCUGACGCCCAGUGUCACUCGGAUCAUUAGUCCUGAAAGUGUUAAGUCCCUGAAGGUAUUGGUAUUUGUUGGAGAGGCAGUUCUGGCUAGCGACGUUGUCCGCUGGGAGCCUUUUGUACAUGUUGGAAAUGCAUACGGUCCAGCGGAGUGCUCCGCGGUGUUCAGUGUCCAACCAAAUCUCAAGAGCAACGAUCCAGUGAACAUAGGGUUCAGCACAGGAGGGUGUGGAUGGGUUGUUCACCCAGAAGAUCAUCGGGUGCUGAUGCCACUGGGAUGUGCUGGAGAACUAUUAAUAGAAGGACCAAUCGUUGGCAAGGGUUAUCUAUCGAUGCCCGAGCAAACGGCUCGGUCCUUCGUUGAAGCACCCCCCUGGCGUCUCCAAUUUGGAUCUGUUCCAUCCGGAAAAUUGUACAAAAGCGGGGAUUUGGUGCAAGAAACCGGAGAUGGUAGUUUCCGCUAUUUUGGACGGAAGGAUACUCAGGUCAAGCUACACGGGCAGCGUUUAGAACUGGCAGACAUUGAGUACCACCUCCACAAAGCAUUUCCGAAAGCCCGCCAAACCCUUGCAGAAGUUCUCCGGUCAUCUGCUCAAAAAGGUAUCAACGAUCAUCGACCAGAGGCUUUGUUGGUAGCGUUUAUAUGUCUCCCUGCAUCUCCUUCAAAUGAAGGUACACAUCAAGCCGAGUUCCUUCCUCCAACCGACGAGUUUCGUGAAGCUUGUGCUGCAGCAGAGGCCAGCAUGUCGGAUGUCCUACCAUCUUUCAUGAUUCCACGGUUUUUCCUACCCCUAUCCCGUAUACCCCUAACGCCAUCUGGGAAGACCAAUCGACGUUACAUCCAGGAGCAGGCCAAUAAACUGUCGCUGGAGGAGAUGAAGGCUUAUCGAGCUGUGCAAUCAAAACCGGAGGCACCAUCAAGUUCCCGCGAGGAAAAGCUUCAAGAAAUUUGGGCGAAGACACUAAAUCGAACUGUUGAGGAAAUCGGCACCACAGAAAGUUUCUUUCGUCUGGGAGGUGAUUCGGUCAGCGCGAUGCAAGUCGCUGCAGGCUGUCGUACCGUCGGGCUGAAAGUAGCUGUUGCCGAUAUUUUUCGUUUUCCAACAAUCAGGCAACUGGCGGAAAGGAUUCAGGAUUCCGGCUCUGUCGCUUUUGCCCCAGCCGGGGAGGACGAUCUAACAGAUGUCUGGUUUGAACUUUCCCCGAUCCAGAAGCUCUUCUUUGAGCGAGUGCCCAAUGGUCACAACAAGUUCACUCUCGAGUUUAUUCUCCGACUUGGGAAGCCCCUUCCACCUCCGGAGAUUAAACGAGCUAUUGAGAAGAUUGUUGCCACCCAUUCAAUGCUCCGUGCCCGCUUCGAACAACGAGAUGGUCAAUGGGGCCAGCUCAUUAGUCCUGAUGUGUCUAGAGGUCUUCGAUUUAGACAGCAUCAGGUGUCAUCUAUGAAUGACCGUAAAGCCCUGCAGAAUAUUUUGUCAACCAGCCAGAAUACCCUUGAUAUUGUCCAGGGAGUGAUGAUUGUUGUUGACGUUAUCACUACAGACAGCGGGGAGCAGUUUUUGGGCAUGAUGGCCCAUCACCUUGUGAUUGAUUUAGUGUCAUGGCGCAUCAUUCUGCAAGACCUAGAAGAUAUCCUCAGCACGGGACGUACCAUACAACCUCUCUCCAUCUCAUUCCAACAAUGGUGUCGACUGCAACAAGGCUAUGCCAGAGAAUCCCUUAAUCCCAGUGAAACUCUGAAAACAGAAAUUCCACGCCCCCCAAUCUACUACUGGGGUUCAGAGGCUAUCCUAAGUGAGAAUACUUGGGCGGAUGCAACACGACGGACCAUAACAGUAUCGAAAGAAACAACCGAGGCAAUAAUCGGUGCUGCAAAUGGCGCAUUCCACACCCAGCCAGUGGAAAUCAUUCAAGCAGCCGUACUUUAUGCUUUUGUUCAGGCAUUUGACAAUCGACCUGCACCCACCAUGUUCAGCGAAGGGCAUGGAAGAGAACCAUGGGACGCAGAUAUUGAAAUCUCCCGGACAGUUGGAUGGUUCACCACUAUUGCGCCCUUGUUUUUGGAUGUUAAGAAGGAAGACAGCGUCAGAAGGAUCUUGCAGUUGACUAAAGCCGGUCGCCGCGGAAUAUCCACCAACGGAUGGGCAUACUUUGCAUCGCGAUUCCUCCACCCCGACGGACCGAAAAGGUUCCAGGGUCAUUCGCCAAUGGAGAUUCUUUUCAACUACACCGGACUUUUUCAACAAUUUGAACGCCCGGGUGCCCUCCUUCAGAUAACAUCAGUCCAAGACGAUACCCUGCUCCCCAUGGCAGCUGAUUUGCCGCGCAUGGCCCUGAUUGAUGUGAACGCAACCGUCAUGAACGGCUCGCUCAACUUGUCUUUCAUCUAUAACAAACGACUACAGAAUCAGGAUCGGCUAGAUCAAUGGAUCAACAAUUGCCUACAAACACUUGAGGAACUCCCCAUGGAGCUGCAGCAGGAACAGCGACUCUCCGCCGUCGAUUUCCCGUUGCUGUCACUUGCAAGCGAGGAACAGCUUCACAGCCUACUCCAUCAGGUCUCAGGUCGAUUCGAUGUGUCCCCGUCUGGAAUCCAGGACAUGUUCCCUUGCUCACCUAUUCAACUCGGCAUGUGGCUGAGCCAAUUGAGAAACCCUCAAGUAUACUGGUCUCAUAUUCGGUGGUCUCUGUACCCAACAAUUUCCAAGCCAAUCGAUAUCACAGAAAUCAAAGAAGCAUGGCAGAAGGUUGUUGAUCGUCAACCCAUCUUGCGCACUGUCUUCACUGAUGGCGUCACAGGGCACGGUCAUCCUGUCCAAGUAGUCCUGAGAAAUUGCGAGGCAAACAUCAAGACAUCCUCGGGAUCUGAAUUGCGUGCAGAAGACCAAGUUCCGUCGCUUUCAGACGAGUUCCUUUUGAAUUCAAAGUCGUCAAACACGAAGGGCCGCCCUCCCCAUCAGCUUACUGUGGCAAUUGAGCCUGAUGGUGGAGCUUACUGCCAGCUGGCUAUCCACCACAUCCUUGUUGACGGUAUCACAGAGCAAAGAUUGUUGUCGGAAUUGCACCAAGCAUUCAAUGGUACACUGGACGAGAAGCCUGCCGGCUGCUAUAGCAGGUAUCUCGGGUAUCUGCAAACGCGGGACAAUAAGGCCUCAGAAUCUUACUGGAAGGAAUACUUGACUAAUGUUCACCCGUCUAUUUUCCCGUCUAUUGGAUUGAAAGAGCACAGGACCGCACCAAGCUCUCUAAAAUCCGUACCCUUCUCCAUGAGUGUCGGGAAAGAUCUCAGCUCCUUCUGCCGGAAUCAUAGCAUCACUAUUUCCAGUUUGCUACAAGUCGCUUGGGGUAUUGUUCUCCGUGUAUACACAGGAAGUGAGUCUGUAUGCUUCGGAUAUCUCAAUGCUUGCCGCGAUAUUCCAGUGCGAGAUGCGCAUGAUAUCUCUGGGCCUUUGAUCAAUCUUUUGAUUUGCCGCCUACAUCUAGCUGAUGAAUUAUCGGUUCUCUCGACGCUUGCCGAAAAUCAUUCGGCCUACGCUCAAAGUCUUGAUCACCAACAUUGCUCUUUGGCAGAGGUCAUGCAUUCUUUAAAUCUCUCCGGUCAACCUUUGUUCAAUACAGCGAUGUCAUUACAAAAGGACCCCGGCAGUCUGUUCUCUGAUCAGUCCGAAAGGAUCAAGUUGCAACCAGAAGACGGGAUUGACUCAACUGAGUAUGACUUGACCAUCAAUAUCACUUCUCGUGACGAGACCAUUGAUGGUGAUUUGACAUACUGGACGCACACUGUGGCUGAAGCUCAGGCUGAAUUGGUUGCUGACACCUUUCAUCACAUUGUUCUCCAACUUAUUGAUCCCGCUAUCAUCAAUCUGAGCGACAUCAAUCUGUCAAUGGGAAUGAAUGAGAGCCACAUGCUCCGUUUCAAUUACAACCUACCGCAAACAGUACGGUCUUGUAUUCACACUGACAUAGAGCGAAUCACAACUACGCAACCCACAUCCCCUGCCGUCCAUGCCUGGGAUGGCCAAUUCACAUAUGAAGCCCUUGACCUUCUUUCGUCGCUACUGGCAAAGGACCUGGCCCGGCUUGGUGUGGGUCCUGAGGUAUUUGUGCCAGUAUGCCGUGAAACAUCCCGAUGGACAGUUGUCGCCAUACUCGCCAUUAUGAAGGCAGGUGGAGCAUUCAUCUUACUUGACCCGUCGCACCCACCAGAGAGACUGCAAGAGAUGGUUCAAAUGAACUUCCAGUGUCCAGUUAUCAUUACCUCAUCGAAAUACCUUGAACUUGCAUCCAGCCUGGCACCGAGAACCAUUAUCCCGGAAGACCGAGGCCAUUUAGAGAUUCGAAAAGUCAUUAUCCCAUCAGUGACUAGUCCAAAUUCAUCCGCAUAUGCUGUUUUUACGUCUGGGUCAACCGGUAGGCCCAAGGCAAGCGUCAUCGAGCACCAGUCCUUCCUGUCAGCGUCAGCCGCACAUACCAAGGCACUUCGUCUUCAUAAAAACUCCCGAGUCAUUCAAUUUGCCUCUUAUGCGUUUGACGCUAGUAUUGUGGAAAUGAUUGACACGCUUUUGGUAGGUGGCUGCAUCUGCAUCCCGUCCGAUAGAGACCGAAAUCAAAGAUUAGGCCAUGCAAUCCGCGAGAUGCAGGUGAACUGGACACUACUGACCCCUUCUGUGGCACGCAUUCUAAAUCCACAGGAUGUGUCAACCUUGGAAACACUUGUUCUCGGCGGAGAGGGCAUGACUAGGGACGAUGUUCGUCGCUGGUCACCUCAUGUACGCUUGAUGAAUGCUUACGGCCCUUCGGAAUGUUCUGUCAUUUCCACAGCCCAGCCAUCGCCACAAUACCUCGCACAGGAUGAAUCAAAUAUCGGACACCCUGUUGGCUGUGUCGCAUGGGUGGCGCAUCCAAGCAGCCCAGAGAAGCUCGUGCCUGUGGGUUCUGUCGGAGAACUUCUGAUCGAGGGUCCUAUUGUCGGUCGUGGCUACGUCAAUCGUCCGGAGGCCAUGGCAGCAGCAUUUGUUCCGUAUUCCAUUUGGUUAUGCAAGAUCCGUGGUUCCCAAAAUGGCGUCUUAUACCGAACAGGUGACCUUGUGAGGCGUCUUGUGGAUGGCUCUAUACAAUAUCUCGGUCGAAAAGAUCGACAAGUCAAGUUGCGCGGACAACGUAUUGAACUUGCUGAAGUUGAGCACCAUGUUCAGCAGUGCUUCCCUAUCAACGACCCUGAAGUCUUUGUAGAUUUGAUCUCACCAAAUGGUACAAAAGAUGCGCAAUUGGUAGCCUCCAUUGUUCAACCAGAAGACAGCGAUAUUGAAGCCUUCGAAGCGGCCGUGGAGCAGAUGCAAUCACGUCUUCGGGCAGACGUUCCAGCUUAUCUUAUUCCCUCUGCAUUUAUUCCUGUAUACCAGGUACCACGAUUGGUGAAUGGAAAGAUUGAUCGGAAGAAAGUGCGGGAUGCAGCUGCUCAAGGGCUACGAGAACAGAUUGCUCAAGGCGCUACCAAAAGCCACCUGCGAGAGUUAAGAGAAUUGACAAAGGGUGAACUCACAUUGCAAAAAUGUUGGGCUGAAGUCCUGGCUCGCCCUGCUGAGACAAUUGGACCUGAUGACAACUUCUUCCGCUUGGGCGGAGACUCGAUCGCAGCAAUGAGGCUAGCCACAAGGGCCAGCGAACAGGGUAUUCAGCUGGGUGUUGCUGAUAUCUUCUUAAACCCUAAGCUUAGCGAUCUCGCACUAAAUUGCGCAAUGCCAGAACCGAAGGAAUUGCCAACCUCAGAAUCAAAAUUGUUAGAGGACUUCGUGCCGGCGUUCUCGAUGCUCCCGACAAAUGACAAGGAAGAAUUCAUAUCACAGGCAAUGGAGCAAUGCAAUCUCCCGAUAGAUAAUAUCGCGGAUAUAUACCCCUGUACCGCAUUACAGGCUGGUAUGGUAGCUUUGACAGCAGAGCGCCCUGGGUCAUACAUCGCAUACCAUCGUUUCCGUCUAGGGACAGAUACAGAUCUGUCUUUAUUAAAGACUGCUUGGGAGAUGGUGGCAAAAAACAACGGAAUUCUGCACACCCGGUUCAUUCACACGGAGUCUGGCUUCAUGCAGGUCCUGGUACAGAACAGCGAGCUUCACUGGAUCUCGCCGGGCAUGAAGAAAGACAAAAGGUUACAGUGGAACGUUCUUCUAGGCCAGCCACUAGUGCAGUUCGAAGUCAUCCCAGUCUUAAGUGAGGACUCCAAGAUAUCUCAGCAACUUGACCUGCUUAUCACCAUUCAUCAUGCUCUGUAUGACUCUUGGUCACUACCUCUGCUUGUGCACCGUGCAAGACAAGCCUACCGGGGCCAGGCGUUGGUACCCUCCGAGAUGACUCCGUUCAAGGAAUUCAUCAAACACUCCUUGUCCCAACAAAAGAACGCGCUCGAACACUGGCGUCGUGAAUUCCAAGAGCUCACCGCUGAGCCAUUCCCUGCACUUCCUUCUCCAUCAUAUCGGCCGCAGGCUUCAAAACAGACGGUACGAACAAUUGAGACAGGCCCAGUCAUGGAUGAAUGUGUCAGUCGAACCACUGCCAUUCGUUUUGCAUGGGCUCUUGUUCAGUCUCACUACCAGAGUAAUGACGAUGUGGUAUUCGGUAUUGUGUCCCCUGGCCGAACAGCAUCCGUCGAUGGUAUUGAAGGAAUGGCUGGUCCAACAAUUGCCACGCUUCCUUUGCGCGUGCAAAUCGAUGGUAAUGCGACCGUCUCACAGGGCCUCAGAAAUCUGCAAGAGCGGACAAUACAGCUCAUUCCAUUCGAACAGGUUGGACUACCUGAAAUUUCUGCUCUUGGACCAGAGGCCAAGCAGGCCUGUUCUUUCCAAACACUGCUCGUGGAGGGGAGAGGAGAGGUUGAAGACUUGGGCACCGGAGAUGAUCACCCUAUGGAACCCAUGGGAACAUCAUCUGGAGACGCUGCAUCAAAUACCUACGCCAUCCAAAUCGCCGUUAUGCUCAAUCCAAAUACGGUGACUGUUGCAGUUUCCAAUGAUGAGUUUGUCAUUCCAACAUGGCAAGUUGAACAUCUGCUAGACCAAUUUAGCCACAUUUUGCAGCAGGUGCACCGUCAUCCAGAAAGGCCAGUGCACGAAAUUGUUACUCUCAAUGACAAGGAUAUCCAGCAGCUGCAAGCCUGGAACACUGGAUUCCCUGAACGACGUUCGGAGUCGGUCACUGAUGUGAUUUCUCGGCAUUGUGACAGGCAACCAUCGGGUCUAGCCGUCUCGUCUUCCGACUUCGACCUCACGUAUAAAGAAUUAGACAUUCUUUCUACUCAUGUGGUUAGCCUCUUGCGUUUACAGGGAGCCACAUCGGAGGUCUUUGUUCCAAUAUACUUGGAUCGGUCGUGCUGGACUGUGGUAGCAGUGUUAGCUGUGCUCAAGGCAGGGGCAUCCUUCGUUCUUCUAGACACCACGCAUCCAAAAGAGCGGCUUCGGACCAUCUGUGAAGAGGUGAAGCCUCUUUUCAUACUGACAUUGCCCGAGCAUCGUCAUGAAGCCGAGGCACUGUUCCACAAUGCUGUGGUCAUGCCUCGAAGGAUCGACUCCGAGUCCGCAUCGGUGCCCGUUCACAAGACGACCCGUUUGGGCACAGACCGUGCUCUUUAUGCGGUGUUCACCUCUGGUUCAACUGGUAAACCAAAGGGUGUGGUCAUUGAGGAUGGUUCCUUUAUGACUAUGUCCACACAAAUUAACCACCUGAUGGGUGUUUGCCCAGGUGAUCGGGUCCUGAACUUCUCUUCCUAUGCCUUUGACGUCAGCAUUUUGGAAAUACUCGGUACAUUGCUUGCAGGGGCUUGCGUCUGCGUUCUGACGGAGUCUGAGCGCAGAGGCCGGCUCACCGAGGCAUUGCAAGUGCUACGGCCUACCCAUGCCCAUUUAACACCAAGUGUGCUGCGCGCAAUAAAGCCAAGCGAGUUGGGAUCACUCCGAACGCUGAUGCUUGGUGGAGAACCCCUUCGGUCAAGCGAUAUUAAGCAGUGGGUUCCACAUGCACGGAUUAUGCCCGUGUACGGUCCAGCAGAAUGCACAGUAGCGUUUACUGUGCAGUCCUCAAUUGACUCUAAGUCACAGGGUGGUAAUAUCGGAAAACCGAUUGCAGGCGCCUGUUGGGUGGUCGACCCACGAAACCCCCAACGAAUCGCUCCUAUUGGUGCAGUGGGUGAGCUUCUUCUUCAAGGCCCUCUAGUAGGUCGCGGAUAUUUGAACAGUCCCGAUCAAACAGCUGCAAGCUACAUCUCAGCUCCAGUAUGGAUGCGACGUUUCGGCUUCACUGAUGGUCUAAAGGAAGGCCGGGUUUAUCGAACAGGUGACCUUGUACGUUAUGAGGAGGACGGAUCUCUCUCAUUCAUAGGACGAAAAGACCUCCAGGUCAAGCUACGAGGUCAGCGGUUUGAGCUUGCCGAAGUUGAGGAGCGACUGCAGAAGAUCUGGCCCGAGGAUCUGACAGACAUUGUGGCUGAGAUUGUGACUCCAAUGGCUUCAACGAACUCCAAAUGCUUGGUUGUCUUUGUCUCUUCAAAAUCGGCUGAGACAGCUUCAUUGCUAUCCACCUCAGCGAUCCCGUCCCUGGAAAUUGUCGCCCCGACCAACUUUGCGGCCCAGAUAUCAAGUGUCAAACGUCAACUCCGUGAUGUCCUUCCGGAGUAUAUGAUACCGUCUGCUUUCAUCCCGAUUCGACGGGCACCUCACACACCUAGUGGCAAGGUUGACCGAAAGCGGUUGAGAGACUCGGCGGCGGGCGCAACGCGAGUACAGCUGGAGUCAUUGUUUGCCGAAGCCCCUUCACAUAAGCGAGUGCCCGCCGUGGGGCCAGAGCGGGAUUUGCAGCACAUCUGGGCACAGGUACUCAAUAUCGCAAUCGACCAGAUUGGUGCUGAAGACAGCUUCUUCCAGCUGGGAGGUGAUUCCAUCUCGGCUCUCAAAGUCGCAUCGAGGGCUCGGGCGGCUGGAAUUGCGCAUUCAGUGGAGAGUUUGUUCCAGUGGAAAACAUUGAUGGGUGUUGCCAAACAUGCUACCACCGUGGACUCCGCCGAUAUCAUGGAUGGAAUACAGACUGCAGAUUCUUCCUUGUGGUCCCAUAGACCCUACUCCCUGGUUACGGAUCACGAGCGUACAGAGCUCUUCGUCUCUCACUUCCCACGGGGACAUUCGGUGGUCAAAGAGAAUGUGGAAGAUAUUAUACCGGCGCUACCAUUCCAAGUCUUCUACAUAACCCAUGCGUCGCCAGUCUCGAUGGCACAAAUAUUGCCAGUGGUCCUGGACAUCGAUAGACUGAGAAUCGCCUGCAACAAGGUUGUGGCUCACCACAGCAUCUUGCGCACAGUCUUUGUGGAGACAAAUGGGCGAUUCCUCCAGGUGAUCCUCCGGGAAGUUGAGCCUGUGCUGAAUCUUGUUCAAUGUGAUGAUCCAGAGGCAUAUGUUGCUCGAGAGUCCGAACAGAAGGUUCCACCCUGUACAGCCCAGGGUAUAAUGCCAGUCAGCUUUACUAUCGUCACUAGCCCCAUCAAGCAGUGCUCUGCAUUGAUUCUUCACAUAUCCCAUGCACAGUAUGAUGGAGCCUCUAUACCAUUGCUGUGGAAGGCAAUCACAAAAGCCUAUCAUGAGGAGCCUCUUCAUCAGGCCGUGCAAUUCAAAGAUGUCGCUUAUAAGCGAAUGGGCGAUCUGAACAAAGCCGAGAUUUCAUUCUGGCGAAGAUACCUCCAAGGUGCUCCAUCCACUGCUCUCGAUCCCCUUCGUCAAACUGGGAAGGCACGAGUUUCGGACAAUGACAUAGUCGAAAAGCGGCAAAUGGCAAUUCCCACUCUCCCACCCGAUAUUACCAUGUCCACGCUCGUGAAAGCAGCUUUCUCGUGGAUCCUGUUUGAGAAAACCACGCAAUCAGAUAUCAUUUUAGGCCAGGUGGUCCACGGACGCGGAAGUUCCUUUUUGGAUGCCAAUACUGCCAUUGGGCCAUGCUUGAAUCACCUGCCUGUUCGAAUCAGGAUUGAGCCUGAGUGGACGGUGGAAGAUUUCUUGGAUCAUGUUCAGGUACAGCAGCUAGAAAUCACUGCACAUGAUGAGGCAUCAUUUGAUGCUAUUGCAGAAUCUUGCACAGGGUGGCAACCAGGCUCGAAAAUGGCUUGCCUUGUUCACCAUCAGAGCGAAGAAGUCAUGGAACCCUUCGAAAUGGGUGGUGUUCGCUCGUCGUCUAGUUGUGAUUGGGCCAGCUCUAAGUUGGCGCAUGGUCAGCUAGGUAUCAUUUCCGUAGAACACGGAUCUCAGCUUGAGCUCAUGAUCACAGCUACUGAAGAGACCAUGGAUCAACGCAGCGUUGAGUUCCUUUUGGAGAAACUGAUCACUACCAUUCAGUUGUUCUCGAAGUUUAGUCAAUGCCGGUUGGCAAGAAUGCCUAGCACGGUUCAUAUAUGA